AGGUGUUUUUGAAAAAAAAAUAUAUAUAUAUAAUCCCAAUUUGGAUGUGAAAAAGGACAUGAGGAGACUAAAGACCUGGGAUUUUGCUGAUCAGAAUGAAACCAAUGUUGAAAGACUUCUCAAAUUUGUUGCUGGUGGUGCUUUGGGACUAUGUCCUCGGAGAAGCUGAAUAUCUCCUCUUUGUAGAGCGAGGCCAUGUAGCGCUAAGCAACAACACAGUGUUGGUGGAUUUCCAGUAUUUUGACGAUGCUAAUGGGACACUGCGGAAUGUGUCUGUCCUGCUGUUGGAGGCCAACACCAACCAGACUCUAACGGCCAAGUACCUCCUAACUAACCAGUCUCAGGGAACACUGGAGUUUGAGUGCUUCUACUUCAAGGAGGCUGGUGACUACUGGUUCACAAUGAUUCCAGAAGUAACAGACAACACUCCAGUUCCCUGGUGGGAGAAAAGUGCCUUUCUGAAGGUGGAAUGGCCCAUCUUUCAUGUGGACAUAAAUAGGACAUCCAAGGCAGCAGAAGGAACCUUCCAGGUAGGCCUUUUUACCAAUCAACCAUUGUGCGCAUUUCCUGUGGACAAGCCUGACAUGUUAGUGGAUGUCAUCUUCACCAACAGUCUUCCUGAAGCACGAAUGAGUCUUGGACAGCCACUAGAGAUCAGAACCAGCAAAAGGACAGAGCUCACUCAAGGUCAGUGGUUGGAAUUUGGCUGUGCCCCUGUGGGGCCAGAAGCCUAUGUCACUGUGGUGCUGAAGCUGUUUGGUAGAGACUCAGUCAUUACUUCCACAGGACCCAUUGACCUGGCCCAGAAAUUUGGAUACAAACUAGUGAUGGUGCCAGAAUUCACAUGUGAGUCCAAGGUGGAGGUGAUGGUGCUGCCUCCACCUUGCAUCUUCGUCCAAGGAGUGGUUGCUGUUUUCAAGGAGGCCCCCAGAAGCCCAGGGGAGAGGACCAUUCAGCUGGCUGAAAACAGCCUGCCUCUGGGAGAGAGGAGAACAGUGUUCAAUUGUACUUUGUUUGACAUGGGGAAGAAUAAAUACUGCUUUAACUUUGGCGUUUCCAGGAGAAGCCAUUUUUCUGCAAAAGAGAAGGAAUGCAUGCUAAUUCAGAGAAAUAUAGAAACUUGGGGAUUGUGGCAGCCAUGGAGCCAGUGUAGCACCACAUGUGGGGAUGGUGUCAGAGAGCGUCGCCGAGCGUGUCUCACUUCCUUCCCCUCCAGACCCAGCUGCCCUGGAAUGUCCUCAGAGACCUCCCUGUGCUCCCUGGAAGAGUGUGCUGUUUUCCGGCCAUCCGGCCCAUCUCCUCUUCCACCCCAGGAUCCAGUGAAGUCCAACAACAUCGUGACGGUCACUGGGAUAUCCCUGUGCUUGUUCAUCAUCGUUGCCACUGUGCUUAUCACACUGUGGAGGAGGUUUGGCCGGCCCCCUAAAUGCAGCACCCCUGUGCGACACAACUCCAUCCAUUCCCCAGGCUUCCGGAAGAACUCAGAUGAGGAGAACAUCUGUGAAUUGAGUGAGCAGCGUGGGAGUUUUUCGGAUGGGGGUGAUGGGCCUGGGGGGAGCCCAGGGGACAUGGGCAUUCCUUUGACCUACAGGCACAGUGCACAGGUGACUCCUGAGGAUGAUGCUUCUGGCAGUGAGAGCUUUCAGUCCAAUGCACAGAAGAUAAUUCCCCCAUUGUUUAGCUACCGCCUUGCCCAACAGCAGUUGAAGGAGAUGAAGAAGAAAGGUCUGACAGAAACCACCAAAGUGUACCAUGUAUCUCAGAGUCCCCUGACAGACACCGCCAUUGAUGCUGCCACCAGCCCCCAGUUAGACUUGGACAGCCCAGAAGCAGCAGCAGCAAACAAGUUCCGUAUCAGAUCUCCAUUUCUGGAUCAGCCCGUGGUGAGUGCUGGGGAGAGGCCUCCCGCCAGGCUGGAUUUCAGUGUAUCUCCAGCUAGUUGUGCCAUCAGCCCCAGCCAGACCCUGAUCCGCAAAUCACAGAUGAGGCACAUGGGUGGCAAAGGGGGCUCAUCGGAGAGGAACCACUCCAGGAAUUCCCAUUUCCGGAGGACAGCUAGUUUUCAUGAAACCAAGCAAGCCCGGCCAUUCCGAGAGCGGAGUAUGUCCACUCUGACUCCACGCCAGGGCCCCACCUAUAGUUCCAGGACACGGACUUGGGACCAGACAGAGGACAGGUUGAGGCCUUCCAGUCGAGGUGCCCACCUGCUUCCUGAGAAAUCUGAGCAUUUCCAAGGGGUGGGUGGAACCAGUGAUCCAUUAAGCCCUCUCCCUAAAUCUUACACCAUGGGGCAGCCCACGAGGAAACCAGACCUGGGGGAUCGCCAGGCAGGAUUAGUGGCAGGAGUUGAGAGAACAGAGCCUCGCAAAUCUCGGAGGGGGCCAUCCCCCAGUCAUAGGAGUGUCUCAAGGAAGCAGUCAUCUCCCACUGCCCCCCAAGAUAGCUAUCAGAGGGUCAGUCCCCUGAGCCCUUCUCAAUGCAGAAAAGACAAGUGUCAGAGCUUCCCUGCUCACCCUGAGUUUGCCUUCUAUGACAACACAUCAUUUGGCCUCACUGAGGCCGAGCAGAGGAUGCUGGACCUCCCAGGAUAUUUUGGAUCAAAUGAAGAGGAUGAAACCACAAGUACACUUAGCGUGGAGAAGCUAGUAAUCUAGACCAAGAAACUUUUCUCACCGGGGGUCUUUUGCUCAGCUUGCAGUAUCCCCCACUCACAUUCUGCUGUGGACUGUUUUGUGUAACUGCUUGCACAACAGGUCAGUAGAGAGGAAGUAGCUCACAGAGAGGAAGAUGGGUGUAUGCGUGUGUUUUGAUUCAUAAGGAAGAAAUUAUUUAUCCUAAACGUUUACUUUUGUUAUCCUAUUUCU